ACAGUGAAACGAUUCCACCAUCGCCAGAUGGUUCACAGACGAAACAUUCGCCGUCUGUUUACGGCCUGUCUGUAUCUGACAGUGUUCAGCAUAUCUUGCCUGUUAUACAGGAUCUUCCUGAUGAACGAAUCGUUGGAGCAGGAAGUCACACACAACAUACGAUCGCGAUCGGUUGUUCCUCCCGGAGAUUUGGGAACUCCUGUACAGAUCGAUCUGAAAGACAAUGCUACUAUCGCGAUGGUACAGCAAGGUUUGAAAACGUUCGGAUACAACGCGUACGCUUCAGAUCUGAUGUCGCUCCGGAGACGCUUGCCGGAUGUACGAGCAGCCUGGUGUCGGGAACAGGAUAUCGUCAGCUCACGCUUACCACCGACAUCGAUCGUAAUUGUGUUCUACAAUGAGGCCUGGUCUGUGCUGAUUCGAACGGUUCACUCCAUCCUGGAUCGUACACCGGAUCAUUUAAUCCACGAAUUAGUACUGGUGGACGAUUACUCCACUGCAGCUUAUUUGAAAACACGUUUAGAUGAUUAUGUAGACCGCUUUCCGAAGGUACGUAUAGUGCGAGCACCCAAACGACUGGGACUAAUUGGUGCGAAGGUGUUUGGUGCCAAGACGACGACCGCCAGUAUGAUCACCUUCCUAGAUGCGCACGUUGAGUGUACUGAGGGCUGGCUUGAGCCGCUUCUUGAUGUGAUUGCGAGAAAUGCCACCACUAUCGCCAUGCCAACGAUAGAUCAGAUCGACGGAUUCACCAUGCAGUUGAAGACGGAUUUCGCCCCACAGCUGGUCGGUGCCUACCGGUGGGAUCUUAACUUCGGUUGGUGGGGUAGAGCGGCAAUGAAGAAGCGCUAUCCCAACCCGUACGUGCCGUUCGAUACACCCGCCAUGGCCGGGGGACUGUUUGCGAUCGAUCGGGCGUUCUUCGAGCGGCUCGGCUGGUAUGACGAUGGGUUCGAGAUGUACGGGAUCGAGAACAUCGAGCUGUCGAUGAAGAGCUGGAUGUGUGGUGGCCGCAUGGUGAUUGUGCCUUGCUCGCGGGUUGCACACAUACGCAAGCAAAGCCAUCCGUACUUGGACAGCGCUGGAAAGGAUGUGAUCAUGAAGAACUCGUUGCGGCUCGCUGAGGUGUGGAUGGAUGAGUACAAGCAGGUAUUGUACGAUGUGUACGGCAUUCCUCGCUACUUCCCGCGCUACUUUGGAUCUGUCGAUGGACGAAAAGCCGUACGUGCUGGUGCCGGUUGUGGAAGCUUUCGCGAUUACGUGCGCAAUGCUUUCCCGGAAAUGAUGAACCCACUCGUACCGGGUGCGUUCCGGGGCGAGGUACACAAUGCUGCACAUUCAGGGCGAUAUUGUCUGACGCACCAUUGGAGCAAUCAUUCGCUAUCGAUGGCAGUGUGUGAUAAACGGGAGAAACAACAGUACUGGACACACAACUUCUACCACGAGCUCAACAACUACUCGCGAUGUAUCGAAAUAAUCGCUUCGAAAGGAUAUCGGUUCGUGGUGAGAAGAUGCCAUCGCGACGAGAAGACACGCACCCAACGGUGGCAGUAUGUGGUGGCGAGUGGUCAAAUUAAAAGUGAAAUUGUUAACCAGUGUCUUGCGGUAAGGAAGGGAGAGAGUGCGAUAACAUUAGAACGUUGUAAUUCAUCGGAACUCCGUCAGAAAUGGUUGGUGAAGUUUGUAGAGCUAGAUGUUUCUAUCUUUCGGUAUUAUUAGCACUCAAAA